UGCGGUGUUUGUCUGCCGGACUGACGGGCGGCCGGGCGGUGCGCGGCGGCGGCGGGGAAGAUGGCGGCGUCCUCUCUGGAGCAGAAGCUGUCCCGCCUGGAAGCAAAGCUGAAGCAGGAGAAUCGCGAGGCCCGGCGGAGGAUCGACCUCAACCUGGAUAUCAGCCCCCAGCGGCCCAGGCCCACCCUCCAGCUCCCACUGGCCAAUGAUGGGGGCAGCCGCUCACCGUCCUCCGAGAGCUCCCCACAGCACCCCACACCCCCUGCCCGGCCCCGCAACAUGCUGGGGCUCCCGUCAACCUUGUUCAUGCCCCGCAGCAUGGAGAGCAUCGAGAUUGACCAGAAGCUGCAGGAGAUCAUGAAGCAGACGGGCUACCUGACCAUCGGGGGCCAGCGCUACCAAGCAGAAAUCAACGAUCUGGAGAACCUGGGGGAAAUGGGUAGCGGCACGUGUGGCCAGGUGUGGAAGAUGCGCUUCCGGAAGACGGGCCACAUCAUCGCCGUCAAGCAAAUGCGGCGCUCUGGGAAUAAGGAGGAGAACAAGCGGAUCCUCAUGGACCUGGACGUGGUGCUCAAGAGCCACGACUGCCCCUACAUCGUGCAGUGCUUCGGCACCUUCAUCACGAAUACGGAUGUCUUCAUUGCCAUGGAGCUCAUGGGCACGUGCGCUGAGAAGCUCAAGAAGCGGGUGCAGGGCCCCAUCCCUGAGCGGAUCCUGGGCAAGAUGACGGUGGCGAUCGUGAAGGCACUGUACUACCUGAAGGAGAAGCACGGCGUGAUCCACCGUGACGUCAAGCCCUCCAACAUCCUGCUGGACGAGCGGGGCCAGAUCAAGCUCUGUGACUUUGGCAUCAGCGGCCGUCUGGUUGAUUCCAAGGCCAAGACGCGCAGCGCCGGCUGUGCCGCCUACAUGGCCCCGGAGCGCAUAGACCCCCCGGACCCCACCAAGCCGGACUACGAUAUCCGGGCCGACGUGUGGAGCCUGGGCAUCUCCUUGGUGGAGCUGGCAACAGGACAGUUUCCCUACAAGAACUGCAAGACAGACUUUGAAGUCCUCACCAAAGUCCUACAGGAAGAGCCCCCACUCUUGCCCGGCCACAUGGGCUUCUCAGGGGACUUUCAGUCCUUCGUCAAAGACUGCCUUACUAAGGAUCACAGGAAGAGACCAAAGUAUAAUAAGCUACUUGAACACAGCUUCAUCAAGCGCUACGAGAUGCUGGAGGUAGAUGUGGCGUCCUGGUUCAAGGAUGUCAUGGCGAAGACUGAGUCACCGAGGACUAGCGGAGUCCUGAGCCAGCACCACCUGCCCUUCUUCAGGUAGCCACGUGGUGGCGGCCAGCCCCACCGGGGGCCAGGGGCAUGGCCACAGGCCCCCCUUCCCCACCUGGCCACCCAGCUGCCCACCAGGGGAGACCUGGGACCUGGACAGCUGCUGAGGGCUGAGGACAGAAAGUAGGGGGUGCCGACCCACCCCCAACCCCCUGCCCACCAGCCGUGGACAGAUGGGCUCGCCAGGCCCCAGCCCUUCCCGUCCCGGGGUCAGCCGGCCUCCUGGGGUCAGCCAGCCGUGCGCGUCCCCCUGACAGACACUGUGAACGGAAGACAGCAGGCCACGAGCAGACUCGCUAUUUAUUCAGUCGUAACCUCUGGGCUGGGGCGGCCCCCAGGGGCCGGGAGAGAGCC